CUUGUGUAGCCCGUGUAGCCUCGCAUCGUUUCUCACACGCCGGGAUAUUUUUUCCCGUACCUUCGCAAUCUUUUCACGCGCGUAUCCUUUUUUGCUGCCGAAAAGAGUCCUGUUCCCUCGAUUCGAUUCGCUUGUAUAUAGCCGGGAUUGCAUCCGUGCCACGGGAUUCUGAUCUGCUGCAGAAACGGCAGUACAUAAAACAUCAUCCCGUUUCGGAUUCGCAGGCGGCACAAGAAGAGCGAAGAAGUGGAACCCCUCGCGCGCGUCCCUGUUGUUGCAAUACAAAAGGAUAUACGGCCGUAUUCCGUAUUCCCAUCAGUCAAUUUCGAAGGGGGACAAGCUCAAAUCUGCCGGCCGCGCGGCUCAAUCGUUCGCAAGUUCAAGUGGAAACCGGACGCAACAUUUUUACGUGCGUGCGUAUUUUUUGGCAAAGAAAGUGCGUCGCGGCCAGUUCUUGGGGGAGCAUUAGCAGUUUUUUUGUGAGUGCGUUUGCCUGCCUGGUAUCAGAAGCAUUUUGCUGCAGCAAACCGGGAAUCUCUUGUGGAUUGAAUUGGAAGGAUAUAAAAGAUUGAUAAUUUGCGGUAGAUUUUGAAAAGCUAAACCCGGUUAUAAGUGCAUUCAUAAUUAAUAUACAUUAAGUGUAAGAUAAAUUCCAAAAGUAAAAUAUAGAAUUUGUGCUAAUUGGGCAUAGGGAGAAAAAUCCAAAAAUAAACAACAAAACUGUGGUUGAACAAAUAAAAAAAAGUUAAGUGGUAGUGAAUCAUUGCAAGCAAGCUGCUCCUGGAAAGUUGAGUCCCUGUGGACAAUACCCAAAUAAAAAACCAGCUACAAAUACGCAUCAAAAUGGUACAGGCACUGGAUGAAUACGAUAUCCAACCGGAUCUUCCGCAGGCACUCCGGCUGCUCGGCGAGAUGAACACCAACUUUAAGCAGGUUUCGGACCUGGUGGGCAACACGCUACAGCGCGUCAAAACCGGAGAACUGUCGACCGAAUACGGGCUCAACUUCCUGGAGAUCAAGUACCACAUGCUGCUCAACUAUCUGAUCAACCUGACCUACGUGGUGCUGCGGAAGUGCUCCGGUCACAAAAUCGAGAAGGACCCCUCGAUCGAUCGGCUCAUAGAAAUCCGCACGGUUCUGGAAAAGAUUCGCCCGAUCGACUACAAACUGCGUUAUCAGAUCGACAAACUGGUUAAAACGGCCGUGACGGGAAAUGCUGGAACCGCAAAUGAUCCCACCUCGUUUAAAGCUAAUCCGGGCAAUCUGAGCUCUCAGCUGCCGGAAGCAGCUGAAGGAGGCGCCGAUGGUGAGGAUGGAUCUUCAGGCGAUGAAUCGGAUAGUUCAGCAAAGGUUAUGGAAAAGCUACGGAAAGCCAAAAAGGCAGCUGCCGGUGGAAAAUCUACGGAAGUGAGCAGUAGUAACGAUGUUUAUGUGCCCCCCAAGCACAUGGCCGUGCCCUAUGAAGAGGACUCCCGUGCCGAACGCUCCCGGAAACAGUUAGAACGAGCUCGAAAGCGAGCUCUCGGCUCGUCACUGAUACAGGACCUGAAGGAUGAAUUCCUGGACACUCCAUUGGAGAUUUCUUCCAGCUCCCGAGCACUACAGGUUUUGUCUCGAAAAGAACGGGAACGGGAAGAGUAUGAAGAAAAGUAUCUUACUCGGUUGCCGAUUACCAAAGCUGACAAACAUCGAAGCCGGAAGCUGACCACGUUGGGAACCCUCGGCGACGAACUGACGAGCUUCGGUGAUAUCAGCGCCCUCGAUGAUGAACUUCCAUCCUCGAAGUCAGGCGGUGGUGGCAAAAAGCGUAAAGCUUCCAAGGCGGCCGGUAAAAAGCACGGCAAAAAGCGGCGCUUCCGCUAGAAGGUGACUCCGACCCCCGACCGGAAAUAAGCAGUGGGAGAUUUGAUGGUUUGUUUUUUAAGUCCUAUGAAGAUUUUCAUAGGAUGAUGGAUUAUUUUUAUUUCUAUUUGUGAACAUUUCUUAAAAUGAUUGUUCAUUUCAAAAUUUUUCGGACUUUUAAAAUAAGUUUCCAUAAAAGCGAUUGGAACAAAUGUUAACAAAUCGUUAGCUUUUGUUGUAUGCAAUCUUCUUGAACAUAACAUUGAAAAUUUCCGUUUUAAAGAUAAGGUUAAUUUAAUGGUUAUCAAUUAAAAAAAAAACUAUGCGUUUGGGGUAUAAGCAUGCAUUCAGAAUGAACAAGCUCCUAUGAGAGUUGAACGCAGAAAAAUGCAUGCCCUAAAGAAAUAACGAAAAACUACAAAACAGAUGCUAGAAUUACAUACCACAAGUUACUGUUGCCGAAAUUAUAGUGAAAAAAUAUUAAUUUAAAAUACAAAUUGAACACUCACAAGAAGCCUUUAUGAUAUAUUUAUACAUGAAGAUAUUUUUUUCUUAAAAGUUUCUUCCGAUCACUGAAUAAUGAAUUCCGAAUGCAUAUAAGACUAGGGAAAUCCAUCUUGAUCAAACUGAUUUAUUACAGCAGCCUGAAAAAGACUGUAAGAAAAAGGACGAGGUGAUGUGAAUUUUAUGCAAGCUUACUUUUAAAAUUCACAUUUUUUUUCUUAAAUCGAUAAGUUACUGCAACAGUUUGAAAACAAUACUGAUUCGUCUUUUAAAAGUAUGAGAAGCUGAAUUUGCAUUACCUGAAAAAUCUCAAGAUCGAAAGUAAAUCGUCAUUAUUUUCCUUUUUCAAGGUUUCUAGAGAACUAACAAAAACUAUCAAUUCCAUAAAAAAAAAAAUAUAAAAAAAUAACAACUCCACAGCAUUACUACUUCAUGUUCAGUCUCUUCCACAAGAACAUCGUUCCGCACUUACUAAGAUGUCAUAUUUUUCUGCAUUUUGUUGUUUUUUAUGUAACUUGCUUUAAUACCAUAAAUUUCUAGAAUUCUCUCGCAGAUUAAGAGAUUACCAAUAUUUGAUACAUGGUUGGUCAGCACCUCUCAAAUCCGACAGGGCGUGUGAAAAUCGCACUGUUAUCUGCAACGAUUUGUAGAGCUCCGAAAUGCUCUACACUCGUAUCCGAGUGCAGCCGAAUCCAACAGCCGAGCGAGAGAAGGAGAAUUUCCAAAACACACCACUGAAGAGCGAUACCACAAAAAAAAUUUGUAUCAUAAGUGUGUUAUUCUCACCCAUAAGAGUCCGAGUGUAACAAAAAGAGAUACACUGAUGAUACAGAUCAAAAUGUGGCAUCGUUGCACUGAAGUGCAAUUCUUUUUCCUUCGAUAUUGCUUCGUAAUUUUUUUUUCUUUUUGGGAAAAAACCAAACCAACUGAGUUGCUUUAGAGCUGCUCCCAUCCAUUAAACUUUAUAUGCUGAUUUUUUUUCUCUUGCUCUCACCCAGGCGAAUUCUUCUCUGUUCUUUGAUUUGGUGUACGCCCGGCGUCUCAACCAGUGAUGUCAACCUUCCAGAUUUUGUCUGGAUCUUCCAGACUUUUUGGCCUUCCGUCAGUUAUUUUUUUAGGUUUCCAGACUUCCAGACUUUUGACAUUUCAUCCAGACAAUUCCAAAACUAACAAAACAAAGGGAAUUCACAAUGUUUAAGUUAUGUAAUGCUACCCAAUGAUGGGAAUUAGGAAUUAAAAAGAGCAAAACGUGUUUAGAGAGUGAAAUUCUGGGAAAAUAUUUGUGAGGCAAUACGCAUAACUAGCACGUUGAGGCCCAUGGAAUAGAUAGUGGCAGAGAUAUCUGUAUACUAAACGAUUUAACGGGUAAAAUAAGGAGCAAAAUAGUAUCCGCCAAACUAGAAUCUGGCGAAAAAAAGGUCACUAUCAACGGAAAUCGCUAUCCAGACUUUUCAGACAUGUUUUCAAAAUCUUCCAGACAGUUUAGAAAAUACAGUCGGCAACUCUGGUCUCAACAACAAUUUUUGAGUACCUAACUGGAUAAAAAUUCCAUGCUAUUCGAUGGUACCGUAAUUAAUGAGCAUUUUUUUAUUUUGUGAAUGAUAAAAAAUUGAAAACUUGACAAUGACAUUGGCAUUUUAAAAGUACGAAAGGAUACACCAGAGAUAUAUGAAUAAGAAACAAUCUUUAAGUUUUUAAUAAUUUGUAUUUCACGCUAUGGAAAAAUAAACCUAAAAACCAAAAUAAGAUCGAGUUGAAAAGUUGAAAUGAUUAUUUGAGAGUUGAUUAUUGAAAGGAUAGGAUUUGGAGAGUUUGACGUUAAGAGUUAAGUGCUGAUAAAUCUUAAACUCUCAACUCUAAUUAGGUUUUGGAAAGAGUUGGAUAGUUGACGGAUUGGAGUGUCGGUAAGAUGGUAGUUAAGAUUUGGAAAUUCAAAAUUUACUAGGUUGAAAGUUAAAGUCGAUAUAUUAGAACCCCGCUUUUCCGAGUUUGUCGGGGGAAGGACUAUAUCAGAUAACGCGGAAGCUCUGAUAACCGGAUCUAGGGAAUAGCGGGGUUCUACUGUAGUUUGAAAAUCAAAGAAUUAGAGAAAGAUAGACAGCUGGAGAGUUAAAGAGUUGAGAGUUGGAGAGUAUUAAGAAAAAUAGCUAAGAAUUACUGAUCUGAAAGUUGAGAUUUGAGAGUUGUGAAAUUCAGAAUUUGAGAGUUGGGGAGCCCAGAGUUUGAGAGUUGAGAAUUUCAGAGCUGAUAGUUGAAAGCAGGAGAUUUGUUAUUUUGAAAGCUCGUCGCCAUGAGACUCAUAUUCGGGUGACUCUUGCUCAAGUUAGCCUCAGUUUCGCUACGCGUUGUAGAAAUGAUUCACGUUCCAAGAAUUAUUUCUGGGAUCAGCGUGUAGAACUACCAAAAUGAUCUUGGCGACGAACGUAUUAAGAGAUAAAAGUUGAUCAAUUAAAAAAAAGUGUCAAGAUUUGAGAGUAGUCAGAGAGAUGGAAGAUUCAAGAACAGCGUUGAAAGAUUGCAAACCGCUCAAAUUCGUAGGUUUGAGGAAAAACGGAAAAUGUACUGAUUUCGGCAAAAUGAAACUUGAUGACCUUUUUUUUCGUAUUUAGGUAGAAUUUUCGUUUAUCCGUAGAAUCCUUUUAACUUUUUCGAUAAUCCGUAGGAAAUGCUUGAAAUCCGUAGAAUUCGAGCAGUAAUCAAUAAAAUCCUAAGAUCUACGGAGAAAUUCGUAGAUCUUGAAACGCUUCAAGUCUCAAUUCUCCUACUUUCAACUCUCCAAAAAUCAACUCUCAAACACAGUUCUCCAUCUCUCAACUUUUACUCUUGAUUCAAGAAUAAGAUUUGAGAAUUGGAGAAUUGGAGUUCUUGAUUCAAAAAUAAGAGGUUAAAGUCAAUUUUCCAACUCUCCAUCUCUCAACUCUCCAACUCUCAGUUCUCCAACUCUCAACUCUCCAACUCUAAACUCUUAUUCUUGAAUCAAGAAUAAAAGAUAAGUGUUGGAGAGUUAGAAAAUUGAGAGCUUGAGAGUUAAGAAUUGGAGAGUUGAGAGUGGGAGAGUUGAGAGUUGGAGAGUUAAAAGUUUAAAAGUUGGAAUGUUGAAAAAUUUUUUUUUUUUGGCGUUGGAGAGUUGAGGGUUUGUUGAGGGGUGUUGAGAGCUAAAGAAUUGAAAAUUGGACAGUUGCUUAUUGAAAUACUUUGAGUUCAAAAUUAGAAAGUAGCAGAAUAAAAUAUUCACACUUUAAGGACUGCGAUAAAAUCGACAUAUACAUAAUCGAUCCAGACAACAACUCUCAAAUUUUUAUGUUUGCGAGUGUUGUGUUUGAUUUUGAAGAAUAUAUCAUACUUAAAUUUAUAAUUUCUGAGUUAUUUCACUAAGUGAAACACUCAGCCGCAAAGUGAAAAACGAGAUAUCUCAUAAUGGUCCUCCAGCGUUGCCAGAUUGCAAACCGCUCAAAUCUGAAGGUUUGACGAAAAAUGAAAAAUGUAGGUACUGAUUUAGGCUAAAUGAAACUUGAUGACCUUUUUUUGGUCGUCAGGUAGAAAAUCCGUAGGAAAUGCUGAAAAUCCGUAGAUCUACGGAGAAAUCCGUAGAUUUGCAACGCUGGUCCUCAAUGUUGAAAUAGUUGGAAGCUGGAGAGAGCUCUAGAUUUGAGAUUGAUAAUUGGAGAGUUGAGACUUCAGAGUCGGGCAACUGAGAGGAAGGAAGUUGAGUGUUGAAGAGUUGGAUAUUUGUGAAUUUUAGAGUUGAGAAUUGGUGAAUUGAGAGGUCGAUUACUAGAAUUGAAGAAUUGGUUUUUAUCCAAAGUUUUGUCCUAUGUUUAUUGACAGAAAAAGCAUAAGCUAAGAUUAAAAAAAAAAACAUAUAAUAUGCAGUUGAAAAAAAUUUCAGUUGUCUUAUUUUUUUCAAUUUUUGGAGGAUUUUUCGGAAAAUAUGACAGUGAGCAUUCGUUAUUUCUGUAUUCAAAUACAGAGUCGUUAUCAAAACUAAAAUUAACUACCAAGCUUUGGACGCGUUUUGAUUGAAAAUUGGUUUAUUUUUCUUUUCAAACUUGUUUCUUUCAGUUGGAGUUUUGUUUUUCGAUUGGUAAUUUCAAUAAUCAUUAAGUUUUAUAUAUUGAAAGUAUUUGUAAACAGUAAAGUAAGAUAAAAUAAUUUUUUUAAAAUUUUAGUUUUAUUCAUCUAUUAUCCUUUACACAAAUUUCUUCGGUUUCUGUUACGUUUUACUAUGAUGAUUACAAAAAAUUAGCUUACGUUAAAUUCGAUAAAUAAACUGU